AUGGAUAUAUCUCAGAUCUCCAAGCAGCUUUUACCAGCGCCGAAGAGAUUCCCAGACUGCUGCUUGGCCAUAUCCAGCACUUUGAUCACCUACCUUGCUUCGCUCCUUCCAAAAAAGCCUAAAUUCACUAUCUCAAUCGGCAGCGGAUCUGGUCUCCUCGAAGGUCUCAUUGUGCAUUACGACAGGAAUGUGUCAGUGGAGGGUGUUGAGGUGGAUUCCACUAUUAAUCGGUAUAUCGCCGAAGAAGAUAUGAAUGUCGUUGGCGGAGGGUGGGGUCUCUGGUCUGCCGCCCAACAGGCUGCGGCCUGGACGUUUGUCUACCCACGCGACCCAAAACUCAUCACCAAAUACAUUGAUACUUAUGGUGGUCGAAAUGUGGAUUUUAUUGUCUGGCUUGGGCCUCGAGUCGAUUGGCCUGACUAUGAGACGCGUUUUUGUCAAUCUCCAUUCUCGGAGUUGAGUUUUCCAGAUCAUAUCGGAUUAACACCAUAUGAGACUGUGGUGGUUGCUAGAAGGCCAUGUUGA